AUGACACUACUGCCGUCUGCUCGUGUCAAACGGAUCAUGCAGGAGGACGAAGACGUUGGAAAAAUGGCGUCGAAUGUCCCGUUAGUAAUUGCUCGCGCCACCGAACUCUUUCUCAUCGAUUUGAUCAAAAAGACAAACGCAAUUGCCGAAGAGAAGCAAUCAAAAUCCAUUAAUUUGUCGCACCUCUGUGAGUGUGUCAAACAGAACACGGCCUUUGAUUUUCUCGUCGAACUUGUUCAGAACAAAAUGGCUGAGAACCCACCAGAGGAGAGAAAGAGAGCAAAAAAAGACGAAAAGGAUGCAAAAACCAAAAAGGAAGUUGAGUGA